AUGAAACUCAAGCUACAGGUGGUCCUCAUCCCCGUGAAUCAGGCUGAAAUUCCCACGCUGGGGAUUCUGUCAUACAAAAAAUUUCUACAUUUAACUGACCCUGUUAGCACAGUUGGAGAAGUUUGUGAUGCGCUUAUAGAAAGGUAUAACAAGCUUUAUCCAGAAGCGGAUAAAUUGCAAAUUGAAGGCGUUCAGGAUAAUAACACGUGUGAUUUGGACCCAGAUUUUGCCGCCGGCGACGUGUUUCUGUCGGGAGACAUCGUGCGUGUACUUGUGGACAAUUUACUACCGUCGUAUUCGAGGGAAACGUCUACGAUAUUGCCUGAUUCGACGACCGGCGAUAUAAGCAACAUUUCCAGAAAACGCGGUGACGUUUCUGAGCUUAAUGACUCAAGGUUGAUGAAAAAGUCUCGAACUAUCUGGGGCAUUCGUCAGGAGUCUCCUGCAGCAGAAGACGGCUCGACAUUUUCAAAUGCUGCUGCCACUGCUGAAAAUUCCAUCAACAAGUCUCCAGUGUCAUUACCGCCACCUCCAGAACAACAAACACCCAGCUCAAAAAUAAUUCCGCAGAAAAAGGCAUCCCCGGCUUCGAACUCGGGGAAAAGAAUCACCUCGGGCAUGCUUCAAAUGCCAGCUGAGCAGCAGGCAGAUGAAAGGAUUACUGAGAAUAACGGUACCAAAGUAUCCCCGGCAGAUGCCGCUUGUCAAUCUCCGGAAGUUGAUGAGAUUGAUGAUGGCACGGAAAGCGACGAUCUGGUGUCCAAUAGGCUGCUUAAGCACACUAGGAAGAGUGAAAUUACCCAAAAAAGUAACACUUCUACGGCAGCUCCAGUACAUGCUACAAAGCUUGAUCCUCCCCCACCAGUCCUAGGUAAAACACCCUCAAAAAAGGAGCCUUUAAACACGCUGACUCCAUAUAAUAAUAGGCAGGCGCCUCAGCAACCAGUUAGCAACGCUGUGUCAUCGCAGAUCCCAAACGUAACCAAGAAUAUCAAUACUCUUCCUUCCGAGGCACGACAAAACCGUUUACUCAAUUCAUCACAAGCACAGACAUAUCAGCAGAAUUCACCCCAGUCCAACGCCGUACCGUUUGCACCUUCAACAAGCUAUCCUUUUCGCCAAGUUCCAAACCAACCAUCCCAGCAUCUUACGCAUAUAUAUGGAUAUCCAACCAAUCUAGUUGGCCAACCACCCUACGCAGUUCAGCAGCCUCAAUCCUUGACUAAUGACUCCAACUUGCAUCAUAACAAUAAUGUACCCCCAAAGCUGGCUCAAGAGUACCCUGCAAGGCAUUUAAUGUCUUAUACUCCAGGUGAACAGCCUCCACAACAGAAAGCGGAUUUGGGUCCCUACAAACAGGGCCUCGACCCGCAGCAGGCUCCAACCAAUCACCCGACACUUUCAAAUCAUAUAUCGAAUCAGCAGAGCACUCGUCUGACACAAGCUCAGACUACGGGUGAUCGUCAUCUCUCACACCUGCCAGGGGUGCAAGGACAGACUCACCUUAAAAACCCACAAAUUUCGCAGAGCAAAGGUAUCUCUGUUGCUUCUAGUCAAGACACUCUGCAACCCCUCCCGGUGAUCAACAAAGCUUAUUACGUCACAAGCCCUGUUGAAAACCAGAAAAUGCAAGAGUCAUUCAAGAGACAAGUUGAUCGUGUUGUUGAUGAUGCAGUGAAGCAGCAGGAGCUACUCAAACAACAAGGCGAUGCAGCAAUCAAAGAAGUAGAGCAAAAGGUGGCGGAAGAAUCUAGACGUAAAGAAGAGAAGAGAAGGGUCGAAGAAGAGAUGAAGAAGGCUGAAGCCAAUCGUAUUUUGCAACCGGCGGAAGAAUUGAGGAGGCUGAUAGAAUUAUCUGUGAGUGAGCAGGAGUUGAGAGACAAGAAACUUCUAAUUCAAAAAAAGUUGGAACAACGUCAUGAAUUAGCGAGAGAACAGGAGGCUCUUCGCCAAAAAGAAUUGGAACUUGAUGCUGCCUUGCGUAAGCAGGAUGAUCUCAGGAGGCAAGCGGAAUUGAAGAAACAAGUUGAGCUAAGACAAGAAGAAGCAUUGCGUCAACAGGAGCAGACUAAGGAACAAUUCAGAAAGCAAAAAGAAGCAAGUGAAGCAGCUCCUUCAAAUACAAUUUCAACAGCUCAGCCAUCGGACCAAGCAGGAACUUCACUGAUACCAAGCGAUGCCACAGUACGCCCAGCUAGCAGUCUUGGAGGUUUAACUCCUACAAUUGCUGUACUGCCUCGCCCAGAUGAACCUCCGGCUGAAUCUAAUGGAUCAACCCAAACGAGUGCACCUCAAAAGCGGCAAGAAGAACAUGUCAAGAGCAUAGAUAAAACAGGCAGAUCCAAAGAGCACCACGAUGGUCCCUCACUUACUAAAGAUGAAGUUCUAUCGCUUUUUAAAAACAAUAGUAUGCGUGUGCCCAGCAGGAUCACAAAGAAGUUGGCACCUUCACAACCCGAUACUGCAAAUUUCCUUGCUAGGGAGGAAGAGCACAAAAGAAAAAUUCGGGAAGAAAACAUAGCAAGAAAUGCGGCUGAAAUUGAAAGCAGGCGACGUAGUGCCACUGCGGCAGUCGCUACGACGUCAAGAAGUUUGCGAUCUCGUGUCACUAUUGGAGGUGUUCCAAAUUUCGAAAAUAAUUUGGACAAUCUUGAGGACGAAAAGGAAAAGGAAAAAGAAAAGCUCAAAGAGAUUAGGGCCAAUAACCUACCUUCUCCCUUCAAGAGUUUUGCGAGCAAAUCAAAACUUUCUUCCAUAUACGUAAAGAUGAAGAAACUUGAUGCCAAAAUCACCAGUCAGCAUAAAGUGCAAACUCAAGCAGUUAAAUCUGAACCUACUACUCCAAAGCUUCUGCGAACUGCUGAUCCUACCUCUGAUGAUACCAACGAAUCAUCACCAUCGAAAGCGGCGGCGGCUGAUAAUGACAGUAGUGUUCAAAACAGCGAUGAAAGAAGCAGUGAACAAAGCGAUGAGAAUUUCCUUGGGGAAGAAGGGCAGGAGAAAAGCAAGAUACGUGAUAAUCAGAUAGACGAUGAAAGAAGUGAACUGUCUCAGUCUGAGGAAGGUGAGGAAGAGGAGGAUGUUGAACUACAGGAUGCUGCGGCGGCUUCUGAUAGCUCUCCAGAUGUUGUGAUCGACUCCUCGGUAGGUCAUGACUCAAGAGCCAGUGGAAAUGAGACCCCCGCAUAUUCGAGAAGUGAGAAAAGGAAACCAUCCAACUCAGGAGCCAGAAAAGCUGCUCGUGUUGUUGACCUGGAAGAUGAAAAUUCCAUUAGCCAACCUAUAAAGCGGCCCAGGGGACGCCCCAGGAGAAGCCUCAGGAAGUCUCCGGUGCAACCACGGUCAAGCCUUCGAACGCGCUCUUCAGGUCCAGAAGUCAUUGAUUUAGACUCCUCCAGUGAAAGCGGAUCAGAAGAAGAAAACAGCGGCGAUUUAAUUGCAAAUUCCAACGAAAAGAAUAUUGAAGUCGAAAAUGAUUUAACUCUGAGCUCGUCGUCUUCUUCUUCCGAUGAAGAAAGCAGCUCGAGCGGUCAAGAGGAGUCAGCAAAGGACGACGCUGGGGAGUCAAAUGAGACUAGCAAACUUCCCGAAACGGCAUCAAAGGACCAUGAGGGGAAGAAAGAUAACACAGCAUCAUAUGAGAACACUGAUAAGGAAGACGAGGAGACAGCAGAAGACACUCAUGAUGAAAGUAAGAUUUCACUGAAUGCUCCAAUAGGUGAGGCUUAUGAGGGAAACGAAUCGCACCAAAGAAGCCUGAGUGAAUAUGCUUCGGCUUCUUCAAAGUCAGCAUCCCCUGAAAGAAUACAAGAACAAGCCCAUGGUUCACAGAAAGGCAAGUCAUCGGAAGAAUCUUCAGAGAAUUUGAAGCUGGAAGGCUCAAACGCAAAGGAUGAGGAUGAACAAUUACUGAAGAGUUCAUCAGAGGAAAUGAUAGUGGAGGAGUCCAAGCUGACUGACGCUGUGACAAGGGAUGGUACAUCUGAUAGUGAUGAAGCAAAUACCGACCAAGAACAAGAAUCUUCCAAGCAAUCAAGCAUACCUCGAAACCCUCCAAUUGAAGAGGAGCAGUCGACGCCUAUUGCAAAAGUCACUUCAUCUAAGAAAGGUAAGGUUGAUACACUUAUGCUUGUGAACGCGUUAACUAAGCUGCCUAGACAGACCAUCAAAAAUCCGAAAUCCACUGAUGAUACAACGAAGGCUCUUCCACCAAAGAGAUCCGCUCCCGAAGAGGUUGAUGAGCCAAAGACGAAAAAAUUGAAACUGGCUCUGAUUCACCGCGAUCCUGCCAAGAUGAAGGAAGGUAAAGCACCUGAACCUGGGAGCUCUGUUGUCGAUGCAUCUUCAACGUCUGGUUCAUCGUCAUCUGCAUCGUCAUCUGAAUCGUCAGAGCCUUCAUCAUCUGAAUCUUCGUCGUCAGAAUCUACAUCGUCUUCGGAAGAAAGUGAUGAUGAGGAUGAGGACAAAGAAGAGAAGGAGAAAGAUGCUGUUGAAGAUCAGGUUGUGAGAUCAACGAAAGACGAAAAAUCAAAAGAUAGUAAAGAUUCGUCCUCAGAUUCGAGUUCGGAUAGCGAUUCCGAAUCAGAGUCUGGAAAUGAAGCGGAUAAGAAGCCCACUCCUGUUACUAAAGCUAGCAAGCCAGCUUUAGUAAGUCUUGUAAGCUCACGCAUGCUGAAGAAGAAGUUUGGCUCCCUCACGAAGCCAACUACAAAACCAAUGAAGGCGCCAUCGCCACCCAUACAUAGACACGAUGAGGGCGUCAGAACUAUAACAAUUGACACACCAUUCUCCAAGUCCUCCGAUGAGGACGAAAAGAAAGCGAAGGCGAAGACAAAACCCCCUGCUUCUUCUGCAACCAAGUUGACUAAACUCAAUUCACUCGAUGACUUGCAAAAAAGAGGUUUACCCGACGUUCGAGACGCUAAAUUCUCAGCUGAAGAGAAGAGUUCUGUGAAGAUGGGCUCUAGCUCAAACAAGAAUGACUCGGGUCGGUCAUCGGAAAACUCCGGCUCUGAUUCAUCAGGGGAUUCCGACUCUGAUUCAGCUCUGUCAUCAGAUGAGAAGGAGGAGGAGCAAGACACCAAGUUCGCAACCCAAAAGAGCCUUGCUCGUGAUGCUGAAGUAAAGAAGAAGAAAAAGAAGAAAGAUGAUGGAUUCGAGCUUAUGAUGAGACAUGCACCUAAAGCGUGA